CAGCAACAAUGGCUUUCCAUGUGGAGGGGCUGAUAGCUAUCAUUGUAUUCUACCUUCUAAUAUUGCUGGUUGGAAUAUGGGCUGCAUGGAGAACCAAAAACAGCGGCAAUGCAGAAGAACGCAGUGAAGCCAUAAUAGUUGGUGGCCGAGAUAUUGGUUUGCUCGUGGGUGGAUUUACUAUGACAGCCACCUGGGUUGGAGGAGGUUACAUCAAUGGGACGGCUGAAGCAGUGUAUGUACCAGAUUAUGGUCUGGCUUGGGCUCAGGCACCAAUUGGAUAUUCUCUUAGUCUUGUUCUAGGUGGUCUGUUCUUUGCAAAACCUAUGCGCUCCAAAGGCUAUGUGACAAUGCUGGACCCGUUUCAGCAGAUCUAUGGAAAACGCAUGGGCGGUCUCCUAUUCAUCCCAGCUCUGAUGGGAGAGAUGUUCUGGGCUGCAGCAAUUUUCUCUGCCUUAGGAGCCACCAUCAGUGUGAUCAUCGAUGUGGACGUGCACGUUUCUGUCAUCGUCUCGGCGCUCAUUGCCAUUCUGUACACCCUGGUGGGCGGGGUCUAUGCUGUGGCCUACACCGAUGUGGUUCAGCUCUUUUGCAUUUUUAUAGGACUGUGGAUCAGUGUGCCGUUUGCAUUGUCACAUCCUGCAGUUACUGACAUUGGCUUCACGGCUGUACAUGUCAAAUACCAGGAGCCUUGGCUGGGAACCGUUGAACCAUUUGAAGUCUACACGUGGCUUGAUAGCUUUCUGUUAUUGAUUCUGGGUGGAAUCCCGUGGCAAGCCUAUUUCCAGAGGGUUCUGUCUUCAUCCUCAGCUACUUAUGCUCAAGUGCUUUCCUUCCUGGCAGCUUUCGGGUGCCUGGUGAUGGCCCUACCAGCCAUUCUCAUCGGAGCCAUUGGGGCAUCAACAGACUGGAACCAGACUGCGUACGGGUUUCCAGAUCCCAAGGGAAAGGAAGAAGCAGACAUGAUCUUACCGAUUGUGCUGCAGCACCUCUGCCCCGUGUACAUCUCGUUCUUCGGUCUCGGCGCAGUUUCCGCUGCUGUUAUGUCCUCAGCAGACUCUUCCAUCUUAUCAGCAAGUUCAAUGUUUGCUCGGAACAUCUACCAGCUUUCAUUCAGACAAAAUGCAUCUGACAAGGAAAUCGUUUGGGUCAUGAGAAUCACUGUCCUAGUGUUCGGAGCGUCUGCGACGGCCAUGGCCUUGCUAACCAAGACCGUGUACGGGCUGUGGUACCUCAGUUCGGACCUUGUCUACAUUAUCAUCUUCCCACAGCUGCUCUGUGUGCUCUUCGUCAAGGGAACCAACACCUACGGGGCCGUGGCAGGUUAUAUUUCGGGCCUUUUUCUGAGGAUAACUGGAGGGGAACCAUAUCUAUACCUGCAGCCCUUGAUCUUUUACCCUGGGUAUUACUCUGAUAAGAAUGGUAUAUAUAAUCAGAGAUUCCCAUUUAAAACAUUCGCGAUGGUUAGUGCCUUCUUAGCCAACAUUUGCAUCUCUUAUCUAGCCAAGUACCUAUUUGAAAGUGGAACCUUGCCACCAAAAUUAGAUGUGUUUGAUGCGGUUGUUGCAAAACACAGUGAAGAAAAUAUGGAUAAGACAAUUCUGGUCAAAAAUGAAAACAUUAAAUUAAAUGAACUUGCGCCGGUGAAGCCUCGGCAGAGCCUAACUCUCAGCUCAACGUUCACCAAUAGAGAGGCCCUCCUUGACAUUGAUUCCAGUCCAGAAGGGUCUGGGACUGAAGAUAACUUGCAAUGACCCCAAAUAAAAUACUACUUUCUCAAACAGAGCAUUAUCCUAGGGUAGUCCUGGAAAGAAGGUUUGCAUCAUAUAUGUACAUACGUGUAUUUAAAAAAUAAACAUGGUUCUGGCAUAUAAAAAUCUACAUAAAGUGCCAAUGCAUCCAUAUCAGUCAAGCUAGAAGGAACCGCCGAUAAAAGCAAUUACUUCCUUUCUUAGCCAUGGUCCUUUUGAGUUUUAUGGUAGUUUCAUAAGUUUUCAUGGAUGAAAAAUAAAGCUUCCCUUCAAAGAAUCUGUGCCAAACAGAAUACUUACAUUUAUUAUGUACAAGGGAAGUCGAUGUGUAAUAGCAUAAGAAAAGGGGCAUUUAAUAGUCUUGAUCAAGUCUACUUUAAUUACUGCACCAAGACAAUGAUAAGAACUUGUUGUCUAUGAAUGGUGCAAUAAGACAACCAGUGGGUUUUUCCUCACCUGAUGAUUAACUCCUUCUUUCAAGAUCGGAACUACUACUACAUGUGCUGAAUAUGUAAUUUGUUAUUCUUUUAGUGGUGAUGUGUGUUCUUUUGCGCACAGACAACACAAAAUUACAUAAAAAUUCGUGAACAAUAAUGCUUCUUUGUGUGCAAGCAGAUAGGAAAGUGGAAUACAUCUUUGCAGAGAAGCCCUGAGCUUCUUUGCGUACAUGUACAACUAUACACAGAGAAUGUCUGCAGCAGAGAGGAUGAGUAGGCAACUUUAAAGCAAUAAAUCAGGAUGGCCAUUAAGCAGAAAGCUAAGGUCUAACAGUCUAUUUUUAUCUUCAUCUGAAGUAUAUAAAGUCUUCCAUCAUGAGGAAAAUAAUGGGUAUCUAAGCUUACUAUCUAAAUUACCAUUGGAAGUAAAAUGGAGCCAUAUGUAAGGCUAUGUAACAUCAAUUAAGGUUAAAGGGAGAGACAAAAUGAUAAAUUAAAAUGUUUUCCACUGAAUAUUGAGUGAUAGAAAUUCCCAUAGUACAUCUCCUAAUAAUAAAAUUAGAGAGGCAAAACCCACUCAUGUUUGGAUAUUCAGGAAGAGGGGGGGUUGAGUAUUGAGGGGAUCUACUCUGUGGUACUUUGUGCAUUUUUUUCACAUGAACUUGUCUUAGGGAUUAGACAAAUCACUACAAAAGUACAUGGUGAAUUUUAAAUGCUGAUGAAAGCAGAACGUGAAAAUAAAUCCUACAGGAGAGAAGCCAUCAAUUUCACAUUUGCUGUCGACAGAACUUCAAGAGUUUUGUCAUUAUGUAUUAUUUUGCUCCUUUUAUGGAGUUUCAAAGAUAUAUAUUUAUAUGAGAAACGCAUACAUCUACACACAAUGAUUUGUAUUCAUUUUAGAAUGUUAAAUAUUUUCCUACCAGUCACAUUGUAGAAAUAAUUGGAUCUACAAAAGCAAAAUGAACCUAUGAGUUGAAAAAUUAUCUAAGAAUGCCAUCCAAUUUAAAAUUAAAAAAAAGAAAUCUAGGCUGAAUUGUUCAAGCUAAAGCAGUUUUCAGAAAAAACAUUUUUGUAUGAUGCAUAGUUAACUCCAUGUUGUCCAUUAAAUAUUAAAUGGUAUGUUCUUGAUGCAAAAAAUUAUUUUCUUAAAUUUUAAUUGGAAUUAUGUCAAAACCUCACAACUUUAUCUCCUUUCCUUAGUAAACAUGAAACAAAUUUUCAGGAGAGUAUUUUCAGAGUGAAACUUUUGCAUGUUGUAUUGUCCGGCAUUUUCAAUGCUUGAUUAAAAGUUAAGGAUGAAUAUGAUCUAUGUAUUAAACAUUGCAUAUACCUAAAUGAAAAGAGAGUUCUUUUCACUUAUCUAUUUGCUCCUCACCUGCUCCAUGCUCAGUACCCUAUGGAGUACUUGGAAGGAGUGGAUUUCUGGAACCAGUAAGUGUUGAUAUCUCAAGACAGGGACUGAGAAAAGAGCCAGAGGCAAAAAUAAGCUAGAAAAGUGAUACAUUAAAGCUUUUGAUGUGCAAGAGUAAUUAGAGGGCAGAGAUUGAAUUUCCUGACAAACAACAUUCAGAUGCGCUAGCUUCUAGGCUCUCACUAAAUAGUGAUGUUUAGCCCCUCCAUCAUCACGAGGUUUGUUUCACGCUUGGAGGCCCUGCGUCCAUGGAAACAUGUCACUCCUUAGAAGAGACUACCCCAAAAAGAAACCUGGACUCUUUACAGACAUUAUACAUUCAAUUUGGUUACGCAUCAAUUUUCCAAACAAAUAUAUAUCAUAUAAAAUAGAACAACUGAAAAUAAUAAACAUUAAUGGUGAACUUUUCUUCCAUUUCAGUCAUUUAGUAUAAUAUAAAGAUAUAGAAAAGUUUGUGUACUAUAAAAUAUUAAUAACUGGAUAAUAUAAAUAAUCUAAACAAUAAAAGUUAUAUUUUUAUCUAAUCUACUUUCUCAUCCCUACUCUCAAACUAGAUAUAUUGAAAAAACUAGCUUAGUGAAAAUCCACUAACAGGUGUGCUAAAUAUUAGGACAAUUGUUUUAAGUACCCCCACAUCCCCGAAAAGAAAAAGAUGAAAUGGAAUGAGCCGUGAACAUAUGAGUCUGUAUGUUUUAUGCACACAAUGCUCCCCAGUUUCCAAGAAAGGAAUGAGUUGUAAAACAUGAGAGGUGAUGCUUUCCACUCACGAACCCAAACUCGUUGCUACUGAGUCAAUUCCUACUCAGGGCACCUCACCCCUCCGCUUUAUUCUGCCAGGUGGCUUUUCAUCUGCCAGUUUAGUACAGCGGACCUGCUUGUUCAAAUGACGUUUCAAUUAAAAUAAACAGCAAUGUUUCAAACACCGGCUACGUUCUCCACUGGAGAUAUUACUUGUAGAUAAAGCAUUGGAAUAAAACAUAUGUUUAUUUUCAUACUUUUGUAACAUGUGUUUUGGGUAAUCUUAAUUUUAAUUUUUUUGCCACAUAGUCUUCAAAAUAUGAAGCUUGUAGCUAGACUGAAAUAUCAACAAUGAACUUUCAAACAUUCAGUGUCCAAAUCUAACUUCAUUGCUAUUCUUAUAAGUAAUGAAUUUUAUGUGAAUAUAAAAUGGAUGUAAACUUUAAAGAAGUGCUUCUAGUUUCAUGGACGUUGUCUCGUUUCAUGUGAAAGUGAUGACUUAGCAUUGUAUUUCAAAUGUGCUUUAGUAUAAUGUAUAAUUUAUUCCCAGUUUGCUACUGAACACAGAUACAUAUAAUUAUUCUAAAACAUAUAUUUUUGUCUGUUAAAAUGUUAUAUCAAAAUAUGCUUAAAAUAAGUAGAUUUGCAACUAUAUAUAAAUAUAUAUAUAUGUAAAUGUUUCCAAGGUAAUGGUGUUGAAUUAAAUUGUGCUGGUGCAAC